AAUGUUAUAGCUGAAUGCAACGGAGAAUACAUCCCCCUUUAUAAUUGUAGAGAAGCCAUAACAGCAAACUUCUGCCGACCCUUGAAAGAAAGUCCCUGUGUACGACAACUUCUUAACCAACAUUCCGCAAAAUGCAAAUCCAAAUCUGCCGAUCACGUGCCCGCAAUUGAGGAGAUCGACGACGGCAUAAUUUUAAUUAAUGACCAGCCCGCGAUAAUACAAAACGAAAAUUUGACAAGAUUGACUAGAGGAACUUUUUUGAUAACAUUCAAAGGCGAUAUUACAAUAAACACCACCACUUAUAACAACUGGAAUGAAGUAAUGCGUUCACAUCCCGAAGCGGUACCCACACAGCACUUUAACUUCACCGAACAUAUCGAGUUAUUAUCACUUCAACACCUACAAAGAAUUAAUAUGAAAAACCUUAAGCACAUAGCACACCUACGGAAUCUUAUUGAUACUCGCUCAAUACAAUCAGGAAGCGCCUUGCUCUUAAUCCUAUUAGCCAUAGCUACAAGCAUAACAAUAUUUCUGAGGAGACGGCAAAGAAAUAUGGUAGUACUGAAGAAUAUCAUAAAGGAAACCGCGGACGCUUUCACUUCAAGAGGGGGAGUAGUUAACACAGGUAACCACUCAUCCGGCCAAAACACCGCUUCGACCGAAUUUGCUGACGGCGCGUCUAUAGCUUUGCACGUUAUAACAAGCAAAAGUUCAAUACCGCUUUAAUAACGCAUCCGGCCAAAACACCGCUCCCACCGAAUUUGCUGACGGCGCGUCUAUAGCUUUGCACGUAACAACAAGCAAAAGUUCAAUACUGC